AUGUUAAACAUCAUCAUUACCAGAACCAAAUCCCCCGACCACAUCACCCCCAUUCUCGUCCAACUACACUGGCUCCCUGUCCAACACCGGAUUGAUCUUAAAACCCUUCUGCUCACCGACAAAGCCCCCCACAACGUGGCCCCCACUUAUCUCCCCGACCUCCUCCAGGAGGACAGGCCCUGCCGCUCCCUUCAUCAUCCUCAGCUGGUCUUCACCGUCCCGACCUCCCGCCUCAGCACCGUGGGAUCUGAUGCUGUCGAUUGCCAACAUAAAAUCAAGUCUCAUUUGAAGAAGAAGUUCAGGUGUGUGUUUGAGGGAAUCGCUAAAGCAGGACAGCGAACAGAUCUGAACGACUUCUACACAGAGAUCUUCAUCACAGAGGGAGGCAGUGGAGAGGUCAACAAGGAACAUGAGGUCAGACUGAUUGAAACCGCUUCCAGGAAACGAGCCAAGGAAGAAACACCAAUCAGAUGUGAGGACAUCUUUAAACCCUUACCUGGACGCGAUCAACCAAUAAGAACAAUGAUGACAACUGGAGUGGCCGGCAUUGGUAAAACUGUCUUAACACACAAGUUCACUCUGGAUUGGGCUGAAGGCAAAACCAACCAGGACAUACACUUCACAUUUCUCCUCACUUUCAGAGAGCUGAAUUUACUGAAAGGGAAAGAGUUUAGCUUGGUGGAACUUCUUCAUCACCUCUUUAUUGAGACCAAAGAAGCAGGAAUCUGCAGAUUCGACCGGUUCCAAGUUGUCUUCAUCUUGGAUGGUCUGGAUGAGUGUCGACUUCCUCUGGACUUCCAGAGAAACCCGAUCUGGACUGAUGUCACAAAGUCCACCUCGGUGGACGUGCUGCUGACCAACCUUAUCAGGGGCGACCUGCUUCCCUCCGCUCGCAUUUGGAUAACAACACGCCCUGCGGCAGCCAAUCAGAUCCCUGCUGAGUGUGUUGACAUGGUGACAGAGGUGAGAGGGUUCACCGACCAACAGAAGGAGGAGUACUUCAGGAAGAGAUUCAGAGAGGAGACGCUGGCCAGCACAAUCAUCUCCCACGUCAAGAAAUCACGAAGCCUCCACAUCAUGUGUCACAUCCCAGUCUUCUGUUGGAUCACUGCUUCAGUUCUGGAGGACAUCUUCAAAAAAUCCCAGAUCGAAGAGAUGCCCAAGACCGUGACUCAGAUGUACAGCCACUUCCUGAGGGUUCUGUCCAUACAGGGGGACAGGAAGUACCUUGGGAGGGCUGAAACAGAUCCAGAUUGGAGCUCAGAGAGCAGGGAGAUCAUUGUUUCUCUAGGAAAACUUGCUUUUAAUCAGCUGGAGAGUGGCAACCUGAUCUUCUAUGAGGCAGAUAUGGCAGAGUGUGACAUCGAUAUCAGAGCAGCCUCAGUGUACUCAGGAGUGUUCACCCAGAUCUUUAAAGAGGAGUGUGGGCUGUACCAGGACAAGGUGUUCUGCUUUGUCCAUCUGAGCAUCCAGGAGUUUCUGGCUGCCCUUUAUGUCCUUCAGUCCUUCAUCGAUACUGGUGUCAAUCUGCUCUCAGAAGAACCAUCAACCUCCAGGAAAGAUAAACUCCUCCUCUACCAGAGUGCUGUGGACAAGGCCUUACAGAGUGAGAACGGACACCUGGACUUGUUCCUCCGCUUCCUCCUGGGCCUCUCCCUGGAGACCAAUCAGAUUGUCCUACAAGGUCUGCUGGGACAGAAAAAAAGAUCACUGUCCACUCAGAUUAAAACUGGUUUGCUGCGACUGAAAGGAAGUAGCUCACAGACCAAUAAGGGAACAGUGUCUUACAUCAAGAAGAAGAUAAAAGGAGACCUAUCUCCAGAGAGAAGCAUCAAUCUGUUCCACUGUCUGAAUGAGCUGAACGACUGUUCUCUAGUGAAGGAGAUCCAACAGUACCUGACAUCAGGAAGUCUCUCCGGAAAAACUCUCUCCCCUGCUCAGUGGUCAGCUCUGGUCUUCAUCCUACUGACAUCAGAAGAGGAGCUGGACGUGUUUGAUCUGAAGAAAUACUCUGCUUCAGAGGAGGGUCUUCUGAGGCUGCUGCCAGUGGUCAAAGCCUCCAAAACAUCUCUGUAGGUUCACUAAUAACAUGUAUUACAAUACACACUACACAAUAUAAUUACAACUGGAAUAUAAAGUUAAAAUAAUCUGAAAAAGAUCUUUGUAGGUUCACUAAUAACAUGUAUCACAUUACACACUACACAAUAUAAAUACAGCUGGAAUAUAAGGUUAAUAUAAUAUGAAAAAUAUCUCUGUAGGUUCAUAACAACAUCAUUUUAAACAUACUAGUUAUAAUAUCGUACAAAACAUCACUGUAGGUGUCCUAAUAACGUUUAAUGUAUUACAGUACACAUAAGAGAAUAUUCACAACAAUAGAAAAUAGAAGACAUUUUCAAUCUCAACUAAACAACUAUUUAACAUUUAUACAUUUAAUUGUUUAGUAUGUUUGUUAAACUAAUAACAUUCCUUGAUUAUUUAAUAACUUAAAGAUGUUUGUUAUAUUAAUCACAGUUCCUAACCUGUUCUCUUUAUUACGUGUGCAGGCUGAAUGCCUGCCAUCUGU